AUGAAUAUAAAUUUGUGGCAAAUAACUUUUAAAAAAACAAUGAAUAGCUUUUUUGUUAAAAAAAUACAAGUUGUUUAUAAUAAAAAGGUAUGGGAUAAUUAUUAUCAACAUUGGUUAAAAUCAAAUCAUUCACUUGAAGAACUUUUCGUGUUCCAUGGUACAUCAUUAAAUGAUCCAAGCUUAAUCUACACAAAUGGGCUAAGGGCGGAAAAAACUCAAAGUGGUUUAUACUUUGCCAUUAAAUCAGAGUCAAAUGGUUUCACUUAUAAAAAUACUGAUUGUAGUCAAAUUUUUAUAUGUAGAAUAUUAAUACCACGUCAGAAUGUAUCACCAAGAUUUCAUGUUAUAAAAAACAAUGAUCAUCAUUACCCACAAUAUCUAAUAUCCUACAACUCCAAAUAUAGGAACUCAAUUAUGCUCUAA